UCCAAGUCAGGAAGAGAACAUUUUCCAACUGUUCAUUCUUUUUAUUUGUGCUUGUUACCUUCUCCCAGUCAGUGACCAAGGUAUGAAUUGUUUUUCCUUCUGUUCCAUGGGUCAGAAAUACAAGGUGUACAUUUAAUGAAAUUGCUCCAUGAUUCCAAAUCUAUGGCUAUUUUUUAAAAGUUCUGCAUCCACGUCAUGUAGCUGCUGAGAGCUCCUGCAGUGUUUAGAUUAGCUGGGCAAUACAUUUAGUCUUUACAGUGAUUUUUGUGUAGAGAUGUCUGCCCAUGAUGGUCUGUCUGUCAGAAAUGUUAGAGGUGUCAUGGGAUCAUUCCUGCUGUUGCUCAGAUCUCAUGCAUGUGAACAACAUUUCAGGUGAAUCAUUUGAAAAUGGCAGUCACUGACAGAAGGUGCUUUAAUAGAUUAGCUAUUAUGAAAUGCAAAAUGGCUUCCCUUAGCAUUAUGCACAGCCUGUGGGGGGACUGGGGAGCAGCCAUCAGGGAGCCUUUAAAGAGAUAGUUGAGUAGGCCAGACAGUGAAAGUGGGGAUGGACUCGGGUCCCAUACCUGGUUCUGCUGCUACUGUAUGUUUAGUCUGGGGUAUCACUGAACAUCUCCAAGAGUCUGACAGCUUGUCUGUAAAACUGAAAUACUUAUACUGGGUUUCAACACUACAGGGAGAAAGAUAACCUCACAAAUGUAAUAAUCUUUUCAUGUAAGGCACAUAGCUCUCUUUUUUCUAGGACUCUUAGGCUCUGAAACUGACUGAAAAAGUUGCUAACUGUAGAGUUGGAGAACUUUCCCCCCUGUGAUCCUCAGAAGCCUCCAGCUGCAACAGGGCCCUGCUGUGGCCACCUCUGAGGUCUGGUGGUACAGUGGAGGUGUGCACAGGUGAAGGGCUUGCCUGUGGCCCACUGCUUGCUUCAGGAGAAAGGCCUGAGUUCAUGGGCUGUUUGUUGUUUUGUUGGGUUUCUUUGCUUUUUUAAAUGGUUCUGGUUUCCUUUGCACUUCUAGGGUUGCUGGGGGGAGCACUGCAAGAUAGUGCUAAUCUCUGACUUAACACCUUUGAAAAACAGCCUAAUUGCAAAGCAGUUUUAUAGCUCAGCAGUUAGAAAAACAAUGCUCUUUUUCACCCUCUCCCACCUCCUCCUCCUUCCUUUCCCCCGCCCCCAGCUCUCUCCCAAAUAAAGCUGCCAUGCAGGGAAGUACAGAAGCUCCCUGGCUCUCCCGUCAGAAAUAGAGCAGCAGCUCUAAAUUAGAAUAUCUGCUGACUCCUCUAGUCCAGACUGAAGCCUAUUUUUGCCCAGUGACUUGUUCUAGACAUUGUGAAGCUUGAAAGCUCUUGCUGUUAUAAUUGCUGUCUUGUUGUUGGGCUCCUUUCUUUCUUUGAAAACCUAUAUUUAAAACAAGAAUAAUGACUGCUUGUAAAAUCCUUUAGUUCUGGAAGAGAUUAUAGUAAUAACAAUGCACUGUUUAUGGCAUUGGGUGACAGCUCAAGCUCCUGUGAACAUGGAUAACAGUCAGCCAGUCAUGCUGCGCAGAGUGAAAGGGCUGUUCUGUGUGGACCUAGAAAACUUGGAGAGAAUACCAGAGGAGCUAACCUUAGAUGCCUUACUUGAAAUGAAUGAAUCAAAGGUGAAAGAAACGAUGAAGAAGUGUGGCGCCAGAGAUGAGGAGUGCUCCAGACUCAAUGGGGCACUGAGCUGCUUAAGGAAGGUGACUGAAUCAGGUGGGGAGUUAAAAGAUGAUGUGCUGAUGAAUCUUUCUGAAGCACGCCGAGAGAACAGCUCUACAAACACGACUGAGUGCCCUUGCUCCUCCGCACCCACAUGGACUCACAGUGCACUGAACCUUCCCAAGGGCAACAGCCCGCAGGCACGAUCGGUGUCGGUGUCUACAAUCUCAUCUUCAGAUUCUCUUGCCUCAAGUCACGGACCUUCUAUCUAUGCAGAUAACCUCCUGGACCCUUUUGCCUUCCCUGCACAUGGUGGAAAGUUAACACCAAGGACUCCUCAUAGCAUCACCAUCACUCCCCCAACCACUCCUCAAGCCAAGAGACGGCACAAGUUGAAGCCACCACGGACUCCUCCUCCCCCUUGCCGCAAAGUUUUUCAGCUGCUACCUAAUUUUCCAACCCUCACAAGGAGCAAGUCCCAUGAAUCACAGCUGGGAAACAGGAUAGAUGAUGUUCCUCCAAUAAAGUUCGAACUCUCCCAAGGAUCCCCUCAAAUGGUACGAAGAGACUUUGGCUUAGCUGUAACACACAGGUUCUCUACAAAGUCUUGGCUAUCUCAGAUUUGCCAGGUUUGUCAGAAAAGUAUGAUGUUUGGGGUGAAGUGUAAGUACUGCAGAUUGAAAUGUCACAACAAGUGUACUAAAGAGGCACCUGCUUGUAGAAUAUCAUUCCUUCCCAUUACCAAAAUAAGGAGAACAGAGUCUGUCCCUUCUGAUAUCAACAAUCCAGUAGACAGACCAACAGAACCACAGUUUGGAACUCUUCCCAAAGCAGUCACUAAAAAGGAGCACCCACCAGCAAUAAAUCACCUGGACUCCAGCAGUAAUCCCUCUUCUACAACCUCUUCCACGCCGUCUUCUCCAGCACCUUUCCAGUCUUCCAACCCUCCCAGUGCAACACCUCCCCCAAACUUAUCUCCUAUGGGCCAGAGAGAUGGACGAUUUAACUUCCCAGCUGCCUACUAUAUUCAGCAUAGACAACAGUUUAUCUUCCCAGAAAUUCCCAGUCCUGCACAAAUAGCACAGCCUCCAGAAACCACUGCAGACACAAAUGCUAAAGAACAGCCAGAUACAGAUGGAGUUAAACAUGAAGCAGAGGUGGAAGAACCUGAGAGUAAUAAAUCAGAACCUGAAGAUGAUGAGGACGAAGUGGAAGAUUUGCCAAACAGAAGGCCGCACUUGCAAGGGAUGAUUUAUCGCAAACCCAGCCAGACCAGCGUCUACCUGCAGGAAUGGGACAUUCCCUUUGAACAGAUCGAACUAGGGGAUCCCAUUGGCCAAGGACGAUGGGGAAAGGUUCACAAGGGAAAAUGGCACGGGGAAGUGGCCAUCAGGCUGCUGGAGAUAGAUGGGAACAAUCAGGAUCAUCUCAAGCUCUUUAAAAAGGAGGUGAUGAAUUACAGACAGACCCGGCAUGAGAACGUGGUGCUUUUCAUGGGAGCGUGCAUGAACCCUCCUCACUUAGCAAUCAUUACCAGCUUCUGCAAAGGAAGGACACUUUAUUCAUUUGUAAGGGACCCCAAGAUAUCCUUGGAUAUUAACAAAACCAGGCAGAUAGCACAGGAGAUCAUUAAGGGCAUGGGUUAUCUUCACGCAAAGGGGAUUGUACACAAGGAUCUGAAAUCCAAGAAUGUUUUUUAUGACAAUGGGAAAGUAGUGAUCACUGACUUUGGACUAUUUGGAAUUUCGGGUGUGGUUCAGGAAGGAAGGAGAGAGAAUGAAUUGAAGCUGCCUCAUGACUGGUUAUGCUACCUGGCCCCUGAAAUUGUUCGUGAGAUGGCUCCUGGGAAAGAUGAAGACAAGCUGCCUUUCUCCAAAGCUGCAGAUAUCUAUGCUUUUGGGACUGUGUGGUACGAGCUCCAAGCAAGAGAAUGGCCCUUCAAGAACCAGCCUGCCGAGGCACUCAUCUGGCAGAUUGGAAGUGGUGAAGGAGUGAAACAAAUCCUUGCAACUAUUAGUUUGGGGAAAGAAAUCAAUGAAAUUCUCUCAGCAUGCUGGUCAUUUGAUCUCAGUGAGAGACCUAGCUUCACUGUCCUCAUGGAUAUGCUUGAAAAACUGCCAAAACUGAAUCGUCGGCUCUCCCACCCAGGGCACUUCUGGAAGUCUGCUGACAUUAACAGUAGCAAAGUUGUCCUGCGUUUUGAGAGAUUUGGCUUGGGAAUCCUGGAACCAAGUAAUCAAAAGAUAUAGCAUGGUGUGUGGUUGUCUUGUGAUAAUGUCUACCUACUUAUACACAAAGAAAUCUUCACUGAAUCUUCCAAGCUAUGAAACUGGUGCAGCCACAGCUGAAAACCACACGACCAUCAAUUAACAGUCCUUUGUUGUUGGCAAAGUAUGAAUUCUGUCUGAGCACCAGCAGUUAUUUAAAGAAUGUUUACAUGAUGCUUUUGUGUGAACUAUAUAUUUUUUUAAACACAAUAAACAGUGAAUCAAUUUAACUACAGCCAUUCCACUAGCACAAAGGGAAAACGACCUUUUUCUAGUUCCUUUUUGUGUCUGUGGUGUAACUAGGAAUGAUCUUCUGCCUUCAGUCCAUUUUUCCCUAAGACAAGUGGAACCGCUUUGUUUCAGAAUGGUUAUGUAUCUCAUACAAGGAGAUGGGAAUUUUAAAUUGUUUUUCUCUCAUUAAGGUAAAAUUUAUCUAUUGCGUUGUCAUUUAUCCAAACUGAUAAUUCAGUUUGUGAUCACUCCGAUUUGUUUCUGCAGGGUUGGUCCAAGCUCUGGGUUACCUUGAAUUAAGUUAAAGCAGUAAAAAUCUGCUUCUUGCAGAAGAGUUUGCUGUCAAACAUACUGUUAUCUCAUUUGAAACACAGAACUGAGCACUUCCAACACAGAACUCACAAGAAAAGCUGAAUUGCCUUGCCACAGAAUGUCGGGUUGAUUGAGGUGGCAACAGACCUCUGGGUCCAUCCACUUUCAGCCACCAGCAGGCUGUCCCUGGAGAAGGUGAGCUCCUGGGCAGCUUCAGACACAACCUGUUUGGUCCCCCAAACCAGCAGCACUGCCAAACAUCACCCCUUGCUGCCCUGAUGGCAAUCUCAUUUGUAGAAGAACAUAUUUUACUAGAUAGAGCUCCAGGGUGGGAAGAAAGUCAAGGGAAAAAGCCAUCCCUAAACAAUGUGUAACAUACUGUUCCGAUACACAGAGCUUGUUGAGAGACUCAAAGUCGUUUCUCUCCCCUGUGCACACACACGCUCCUCUGGACAGUCAGAUAAGUCUGCAAGAAUCGAAGAAAUUUAGGACUAAGCAGUUCUGCAGAAAACUAACAACAACAACAACAUUGCAGCUAGGAAAGUUACAUUUUGUUCCAGAGAACCUGAUUUCAAAGGUUAAGUUUAAGACCAAGAAAAAACCCAGCUCCCAAAAAAUCAAAAGGAAAGCACAUGCUACAAUGUGUAAUACGCAGACUGAUGAAGGACAACUGAUUACUGCAUUUAAGGUAACAGAUGCAUUAUCUCACUUGCAAGUGAAUUGCAAGCUGCAUUAAAUGUUCCAUCAUACCUCCCAUUCUUAUUCCUCUGCCUGUCAGCCAGGGCAGCAGGACAACUCUAAUUAUGCAGUGGACAUUAAAGAGCCCUUCUGUCCUUACACUGCUUCAUUUUUAAGGUAGUUCAUUAGGACUCCCUGAAAGUCACCAGAUUUCGUUUCUCCAGUCACACUAGUACAUUACACGCCUCUUUUCUAUCUUUUGCCACCAUUACAAGGCUUUAAUGUAGAUCACAGAGGGAAGAGCUCUGAAGUCCUCCACAAGGCACAUGGAGUGACAGGCACUCAGUUUGGUUACAGGCAGCUGACUUGGAGAAAAUCAAGUGGAGGAAAAAAAAAAAGUUCUGUUGAGCAGAGGACUUCACUCCUGCUACUCCUUCACUGUGCUAUGGUGAUUUUAAAUGUGCCUCAAAUAUAAAACAAAAUUGGUUUGGUGGUAGCCAAGCAUGGAGACAUGGUUCUCUUGACUCCCUCUUACCACCUCAGGAAAGCAAUUAGGCCCCUCAGCACACACUGCCCUUUUAGCCACCACCUGCUGUCUCUUCAAGCCCUGCUACUGUUUGCUCUCUCACAAUAACAUUGUCACAGGUUUAAACAGAGGUUGUUUUCCAACGAGUAGCACGUAAGUAUUGACAGUGCAGUACGAAGCCAGGAGAAAUGUGCUUCAUAGCAACGUUAAGUUAUGAACCCACGGGCAGCAGUGUACCUUGCCUUAGGGAGAGCAGAAGUUGCUGCUGGAUGCACACAUUGCUCCACAGCCAUUGGGUCUGAGCAGCCCCUCUGCUAAACCACAGCAUGCUCUCUCACUGUUAUUCCUGUCUCAUUUGGGAAACCCAGAGCUUUCAGCGUAGGAAAGAAAGAGCGAUCGCUCACCUGGCUAUCAGCAGUAAUGCUGCUGUGGCAGCGUUCAAGAACAAUGCUGAGAAAGCACAACCUUCUGAAUCUUUUCCUACGGGAUGGCUGGUUGGACAGACAGACUAUCCAGCUUACAAAAUAAAAUUAAAAAACAAAAAAUGUUGUUCUCCCUAUGUGACUGCCCUCAUAUGAGGUUCAAACCCUGGCUGUUUCCAGGCAAAUGCUGUGCUGACCCUGCUUCCCAGCAAGGCAGCUUCACCUGUGUCAGCAGGGCUGCCUGUCCCUUUGUGCUGCACUUAGCAAUGUGCUGAAAGCAGCUGGGGCUGACCCAUGAGCACUGCAGGCUGAUGGAGUGCCAUCCCGCUGCAGGAAGGGUUUCAAAACUUGCCUUUAAAUCAUUAAGUUUGAGAUUCAGUCUUCAUUGGUUUUGUGUUUAACUCCCAUAAAUGGCUCUUAAAAGCAAAACCCAGCAUACUAGAGAGCAGGGCCAAUUACUAUCUGGGGUAAUGUGUUGCAGUCAGCUGUGUAAGGCACAUGGAAGUCAAACAGAACCUGUGGAGCUGUACCAGCUGUGAAUGAAGUCGGCUCUCCCAUCUCUCUGCCACAGCUGAGCAGCAGGCAUUGAGUCACACUGCUUUAUGGCCAUGUGUCUCCUGGUGUGCUGGUGUGAGGCGUGAAGCACAGUAAGCCUGUCCUGUUGUAGAGGUGUAAAUGUGAAGCUGGCUGUACAAUGCUGCUACAAUAGCCACACAUCAAUAGUGAAUGUAAAUGGAGUCUGUAAUAUGGUGAAAAUUGACACGUUUUUCUUUUCAAAUGUGUUGUAAACUUUGUACAGUAAAAUUUUUUUAAAAAUAUUUUCUAUCAGAGUGUCUUCCAGAAUUGCUAUUAAAUUAAAAAUUGUUAGUAUUAACAACUGUUGCUGUAUUAGUUUAUGCAGCCAGCAAGGAAAAAGAAAGUGCACAUUAUGCUAAUGAAAUCCUGGAUACAUAGAAAUCUUUUCAGCAAAUAAAUCUUUGCUCUGGAUAAA